AUGUCUACAGCUGUUGACCUUUAUUACAUUGUCUUCGAUAUGGGAAAGCGCGUGGGAGACCCAGAACAGAAAAUUAAUUUAUCCAAUACCAUCGUCACCAGUGUUAUCCGCGUGACAUUCCUCCAGAUCUUCAGCAGCGAGAGCAUCACCUGGACUUGUUCUUCUGCUGACUUUAUCGCAGGGGAGUUAGUCGAUGAUCUGAACUGGAGGUCCGCCAAGGUGGGAGUCGCAAUUGUAAUUGCAUCUUGUCCAUUCUUCAAAGCACUGAUCGGCUUGCAUCUUCCUCGACUGGCCCGUUUGCUGGGAAUAUCCAGAACGAAGGGAUCUACGGCCGGUUCCUCGGGGUAUGGCGGAAAAAGUCGCUCUGCCGACCAACAUCAUUCCCUUCAUCAGUCGAUCAGGCUAGGGAAUUAG